UUGUGUUCUAACCCUCACAUCUCGGCCUCCUGAACGACCCUCGAAGCCCCCUCUCCUUUGCCCCGGCCCCCAGGUUGCGUUUCGGUGGCGACCACUCCCCGCGGCCGGAAGCCGGGCGCCGCCACGCGCUGCAAAUGCUUGCGCGGCAACCGUGGGCGGUUGGUCCGGCAGCCGCCGAGUUUUACCUGUCCGCAAGAGUUCCUGAGGCCCUGCGUCUAGCGCGUCGCCCCAAGGGCGCCUCGCCCGGCGUCUUUCCCAUUCUUUAGGUUCUUUGAGCCUGGUUUCGUGGGUCUCUCCUUCCCGCGGCGCAGAGGAGCGCUGGCUGCGUGGCAGAGAUGAGCUCGAAGCCCGGGCUGCCGACGCCCGGGGCCUCGCUGACCCUGCGGGUGUCCUUCGUAGAUGUGCAUCCCGAGGUGAUCCCGGUGCAGCUAUGGGGACUGGUGGGUCAGCGGCGGGAAGAGUACGUGCGGUUGAGCCGGGAGAUCCAGGAAGCUGCAGCCACGCGCGGCCCGUGGGCGCUGGGCGGCGCCACAGCCUCGCCCGGCGAGCUGUGCCUGGUGCAGGUGGGACUCCUGUGGCACCGCUGCCGCGUGGUCAGCCGCCAGGCGCAGGAAAGCCGCGUCUUUCUGCUGGAUGAAGGCCGCACCAUCACGGCCGGCGCGGGCUCGCUGGCGCCCGGGCGUAGCGAGUUCUUCCACCUGCCCUCAGAGGUGCUAAGCUGCGUGCUGGCCGGCUUAGUGCCGGCAGGCGGCGGCGGCACCGGCGGGGGCGAGCCGCAGCACUGGUCGUCCAGUGCCGCGGACUUCCUUAGCAACCUGCAGGGCAAGGAGGCGCACGGACGGGUGCUGGACGUGCUGCUCCAACAUCGCCUGGUCCUUCUGGAGGUCCCGGCUGUGUUCCAGCAGAUGCAGGAGCUCAGCCUGGCGCGGCAGGUGCCAGACAGUCUCUUCCGCUCCCUGCUCAAGCGCUACCUGACGACUUCAGGCGUGGGCCCCGGGACCCCGCUUUUUCCGCGAGUCCUGCCCAAGCAAGAGCAGCCUGGCCUGGAUUACUUCUAUCCCCAGCUGCAGCUGGGCGUGACAGAGCCUGUAGUGGUAACCCAAGUAUGUCAUCCCCACCGCAUUCAUUGCCAACUCCGGAGCCUAUCGCAGGAGAUCCACCGCCUCUCUGAGAGCAUGGCCCAGGUAUACCGGGGUUCCCUGGGGACAGGGGAUGAGAACUCUACCAGUACUACCUGGGAGGAGAGGGAGGAGAGCCCAGAUAAGCCAGGCUCUCCAUGUGCAUCCUGUGGAUUGGAUGGACAUUGGUACAGGGCGCUCUUGCUUGAGACUUUUCGACCACAUCGCUGUGCCCAGGUGCUUCAUGUAGACUAUGGAAGAAAGGAAUUAGUGAGUUGUAGUAGCCUUCGGUACUUGCUGCCUGAAUAUUUUCGAAUGCCUGUGGUGACCUAUCCUUGUGCCUUGUAUGGACUCUGGGACGGCGGGAGAGGCUGGUCUAGGUCACAGGUCGGUGACCUGAAGGCACUGAUACUGGGCCAAGCAGUGAAUGCAAAGAUUGAAUUUUAUUGUUCCUUUGAGCACGUGUAUUAUGUUACCCUGUAUGGAGAAGAUGGGAUUAAUCUUAACGGUGUAUUUGGAGUACAGUCAUGUUGCCUGGCUGACAGAUUCCUUCAGAGCCAGGGGACAGAGGAGGAAGAGGAGGGAGAAGAACCAGACCCAGCGCUACAGUCUCAGUCCCCAGCAGAAGAAGUAGAUGAAGAAGUUUCACUCCCAUCCUUAAGGUCUAUCAAGUUGAAGAUGAAUGCCUUCUAUGAUGCCCAGGUAGAGUUUGUUAAGAGUCCCUCUGAGUUUUGGAUUAGAUUGAGGAAACACAAUGGCACCUUCAGCAAGCUUAUGAGAAGAAUGUGCAGUUUCUAUUCCUCUGCCAGUAAGCUGGAUGGUGUGGUUUUGAAACCUGAACCUGAUGACCUUUGCUGUGUUAAAUGGAAAGAAAAUGGCUACUAUCGGGCCAUAGUCACCAAAUUAGAUGACAAGAGUGUGGAUGUAUUUCUAGUUGACCGAGGCAAUUCAGAAAAUGUGGACUGGUAUGACGUAAGGAUGCUGCUUCCUCAAUUUAGGCGCCUACCAGCCUUGGCUCUAAGGUGCACCCUUGCGGAUAUUUGGCCUUUGGGGAAAACCUGGAGCCAAGAGGCAAUUUCCUUUUUUAAAAAGACUGUACUCCACAAAGAAUUGGUUAUCCAUAUCCUUGAUAAGCAGGAUCAUCAAUAUGUUAUAGAGAUUCUUGAUGAAUCUAGAGCAGGGGAAGAAAACAUUAGUAAGGUAAUUGCUCAAGCUGGAUAUGCCAAGUAUCAGGAAUUUGAAACAAAAGAAAAUAUUGUAGUAAAUGCUCACUCCCCAGGGCAUGCUUCGAACCAUUUUAUUGCUGAAAACAAACUAUCAUCCACCAAGAAGGUAGAAGAACAGAAAGCUGAGAAAGAAAAAACCAUCUCUGUUUCAGAAGCUUUGACUGAUACAACAGUUGUUACAAAUAUCUCAGCUGGACAAGGGGAACAGGAAAAAGAGAAAAAAGCCCCUGUUUAUUCUCCCCUGACGCCAAAUUUCUUGAAAAUUAAACCCGGCUCUUCUUACAAAGAAGAGCUGGAAGUUGGAAGUACAGUAGAAGUCAAAGUGUCUUAUGUUGAAAACCCUGGCUAUUUCUGGUGUCAACUGACCAGGAACACUCAAGGCCUUAGAACUUUAAUGUGUGAUAUUGAGGACUACUGCAAAAAUACCAUGACUCUUCACCAGGGAACCACACCUGCUUGUUUGGCAAAGCGAACAGCAAGUGGUAAAUGGUCCAGAGCUCUGAUUAGUGGGACCCAAUCUUCAGAGCACGUCAAAGUAAUAUUUGUAGAUUAUGGAGACAAAGAUACUAUUUCUGUGAAGAAUCUUUAUUCAAUUAGUGAUGAGUUUCUCAAGGUUAAAGCUCAGGCUUUUAGGUGCAGUCUUUAUAAUUUAAUUCAACCAACUAGUGAAAAUCCCUUUGUUUGGGAUGAAAAAGCAAUACAAGCUUUUAGUGAAUUUGUAGAUAGUGCAUGGCAAAACAAUCUAGAAUUAAAAUGCACAAUAUUUGCUUUGGCCUCAAUACAUGAUGAAGAACUGUUUAAUGUUGUAGAUUUGCUAACACCCUUUCAGAGUGCAUGUCAUUUUUUGGUAGAAAAGAGACUAGCAAGACCAGUAAAACUUCAGAAGCCUCUGGAGUCUUCCGUUAAGCUACAUUCCUACUACUAUUCUACACAUGAUAUGAAAAUUGGUAGUGAGGAUUCAGUGUAUAUAACACAUGUCGAUGACCCCUGGACAUUUUAUUGCCAGCUGGAAAGAAAUGCAAAUAUUUUAGAACAGUUGUCCUGUAGUAUUACACAGUUAAGUAAAACUUUGCUGAAUUUAAAAACAUCUCCCUUGAUCCCUGGAACCUUGUGCCUUGCCAAGUACACUGAUGGAAACUGGUACAGAGGGAUAGUAAUAGAAAAAGAGCCAACUAAAGUCUUCUUUGUUGACUUUGGGAAUAUCUACAUAACAAGUGACAAUCUGCUUUCAAUACCUCCUGAUGCCUAUGAUGUUUUAUUUUUGCCCAUGCAAGCUGUUAAAUGCUCAUUGUCUGAUAUUCCCAGUAAUAUACCAGAAGAAGUUACAACAUGGUUUCAGGAGACUGUUCUAGAUAAGUCAUUGAAGGCCUUGGUUGUAGCAAAAGAUCCGGAUGGACGUCUGAUUAUAGAGCUAUAUGAUGAUAGUAUUCAAAUUAAUGCUAACAUUAAUGAGAAGUUAGGGCUACUCGGCUACAAAAAUCGAACCAGGAAGAAAGAGAAAGAGAAUGAAACACUUCCUUCUACACCUGGAACUCUUGAAGAAAAAAAUGAAAAUAUGACGUCACCCACAGACCAUUUAAGUAAGACAGGAGAGAACAAAUUAUGUAGCAUGGAGAUUUUUGGAGAAGGAUGCAAACCUAAGAUCAGCUCAGCAUGUAAGGAGCUUAAACCUUUACAAAGUUCAACAAAGACAAACUUAGUCACUCCGUAUCAGGACUCUGCAGGAAACAAAAGUAAUCAAGUGUUUUCUUUAACAAGAGAAAAGAAAGAAGAAAUCUUUGCAGAGCCAUCUUUGAAAGCCACAAAACUAGAAGCCACUCUUCCAGAGAGAAUAGGAGAUGCUUAUAACAAAGAUUUGCCUCUAAAAUUUUGUGAGCUCCCACAGAAGAUGAUAAUGCCUGGCUUUAAAACAACUGUGUAUGUUUCACACAUUAAUGAUCUUUCAGACUUUUAUGUCCAGCUAACCGAAGAUGAAGCUGAGCUCAAUCAUCUUUCUGAGAGAUUAAAUGAUGUUAAAACGAGGCCCCAAUAUCAUACGGGGCCAACUGUGCAAAGUGGAGAUGUGAUAUGUGCUGUUUUCCCAGAAGACAACUUAUGGUAUCGUGCUGUGGUCAAGGAACAACAACCCGAUGACCUUUUCUCUGUACAAUUCAUAGAUUAUGGCAAUGUUUCCAUGGUUCACACUAACAAAAUAGGUAGGCUUGACCUGGUUAAUGCACUGUUACCAGGAUUAUGCAUCCAUUGCUCUUUAAGGGGACUUUGGGUUCCUGACAUUGUCAACUCAAAGGAGAUAGUGCAUCACUUUUCCCAAAGGACUGAUGAGGCUCAAGUAAGAUGUGAAUUUGUUGAAUUUCAAGAUAGAUGGGAAGUUAUUCUUGCUGAUGAACGUGGGAUCAUAUCAGAAGAUAUGCUUAGUAGAUGUGCUUUCAGUGAAAAAUCUCAAAUAGGAUUUUCUACCCAAAUAGUUAAAGGUGACUGUUCAAAGUCUGCUAAGAAAUCCAACAGUGACACCUCAGUAUUUCUUAACUGGUAUAAUCCAAAAAUGAAGAUUGUGAGAGCUUAUGCUACUGUGAUAGAUGGGCCUGAGUAUUUUUGGUGUCAGUUUGCUGAUACUGAGAAACUUCAGUAUUUAGAAGCAGAAGUGCAAACCAGGGCAAAGCAAGUAAUAGAUUGGAGAGAUCGUAUCACAUGUCCUCACAUUGGAGAUCCUUGUAUAGUAAAAUAUAGAGAAGAUGGACAUUAUUAUAGAGCACUUAUCACUAAUAUUUGUGAUGAUUAUCUUGCAUCAGUGAGGCUUGUGGACUUUGGAAACGCGGAAGACUGUGUGGAGCCAAAAGCACUCUGGAACAUGCCCUCUGACCUUUUGUCGGUUCCCAUGCAAGCUUUUCCAUGUUGCCUUUCAGGAUUCAAUAUUUCAGAAGGUAUAUGUCCUCAAGAGGGAAAUGAUUAUUUUUAUGAUAUAGUAACAGAAGAUGUGUUGGAAAUAACAAUAUUAGAAAUCAAAAGGGAUGUUUGUGAUAUCCCUUUAGCUAUCGUUGACUUGAAAAGCAAAGGUGAAAGUAUUAAUGAGAAAAUGAAGAAAUAUUCUAAGAGUAGUAUGGCCAAGAGUGAUUUACCAUAUGAAAGAAAUGGCCCAGAGAUAAAGGGAUCCCUGGCAAUUCCCAGUCCUGAUAUUGGACUUAAGAAAACAAGUAUCAAAGCCAUACAAGAUAAAACAUUAUAUGUGGAAUCACGGACAGAUGAACUUGCUGAAAGAAUUGAAAAAGAAUUAAGCAUUAUUGAAAACAAGGCAAGUAAGUUCUAUGACCUUGGAAGUGAUAACAUUUUUGAAGUUUUUGAAAACUCUUGCAAAGACAAAAUUGGUGCUGAGGUGCUGGAAGGUGAAGUAGAGUGCCAUUUUGUUGACAAAGCCAAGUUUAAUGAUCCGUACCUAAUUACAGGAUUUAACACAUUAUUACCACCUAGUGAAACAAAGGAGAUGUUAGAAUUGAAUUCACUUGAGGUGCCACUUUCCCCUGAUGAUGAAUCCAAAGAAUUCUUAGAACUAGAAUCCAUUGAGUUACAGCAUUUUCUAGUUGGGGAUGAUGACAAAGAGGAGCUAUGUCUGGUGCCCCCGAUUGUACCGCUCUCCCAAAGCGAUGACACGGAAAUCACUCUGGAGCCUUUCACAGUGCAACUUCCCCUCGACUGUGAAACUGAGACACAGCCAGAACUAGAACUACCUACAGCCCAGCUGUCUCUGGAUGACAACACUAAUCCUUUGUCCUUAAGAGUGAGUCAGAAAGGCCAAGAAUCAAGGUGUACAGAGGACAUGAGAAGGUCAAGUGCGGAGUCUUUUGAUGACCAGCACAGAGUACCAUUGCAUCUACUUGGAAAGAAUUGUGACCCCAAAAUGCACGUUGAAAUGAGUAUGUUAGAAGAACCUCCAGAAUGUAAAAACAAAAACAGAGGUGCCAUUUCAUCAUUGAUACCUUUGUUCUCUGAAGAAGAAUCCAGAGACGGAAGGAAACACAAUAAUGCUUCACCACAUCAUACCUCGGCUCAACCACCACGGAACACCUACACUCUGAAAGGAUUUUCUGUUGGGUCCAAAUGUGUUGUGUGGUCAAGUCUAAGAAAUACGUGGUCUAAAUGUGAGAUUUUGGAAAUAGCUGAAGAAGGCACAAGGGUUUUGAACCUUUCCAAUGGUGUGGAGGAGACAGUGAACCCUGAAGACGUUUGGAACGGCAUACCCAAAUUGGACAGGAGUCCAUCUGAGGCUGUAUUCCACACACUGGGAAAAGAUCUUUACUUCAUGUCAUCAGAUGAUACCACAUUUAAAGAAAAGGGGUCAGCAGGUGAUGUGGAUUUAAGUGUGGAUCCCUAAGUGUGACUGGUCCGAAGCUGCUCGUGAACCAGUGGCAUCUCACCCAGAUCAAGUGUCUGAGGAAAUAGAAGGCAUUAACCACAGGAAGUUGUCGUUUUUGAAAACUGAUAUGGAUCAGAAUUAAACUAUGUCUCAGGUUGACUGUACAGGGUAUUUGUAGUGGGAUUCUGUAUGUGUGGCUGGCUCUGGGAUCUUUCCUCUGCCUUGAAUUGUCUUGUGCUUUUAUUCAGCUGGAAGAUUUAUUUUGCUGAACAAUUUGCUAACACACUACUCACAUUUCAAAGGAACUGUUGGUACCUUUUCAAUAUAGUGUUUACAUUAACAUAGAAAAACAUAGGUUGACGACAAGAACAUUACACGAUGCUACUUAGGAGGAUGACUUUGUUGGCAGUUUCUCCUUCAGAAUUUUUUUUUUUUUUAAUUUUAAAGCUUUGCCUUGUCUGUCUAGUUAAAAAUUUAUUAUUCUGUUUGAAUUUGGAAGUAUGCUAAUAUGACACAAAAUUUGAAUAAAGUUUAUCCUUUAAA